AUGCCUGCAUUUAAUUCCGCUCCCCAUGGCCCCGCCUUCACGUCCGUCAAUGGCCGCUUGUCUCUGAGUCCACCCGACGAGCAAAAGCCAUCCGUUGUCGCUAAAUCUUCUGCUUGGAGCCCUACCUCUCCAGACCCUGAGCACAACCGUCACUCUCCAGACAGCGAUUCGAGCUCGUCCACUGUUAGCAGUGGAGAUAAGUCUCCCAAUAGUUCUGACAAGACAAGGUCGUCUCCCGAGAACCCAAACAAGAGGAGGCGUUCUGGAUCCGACGAAGGCGCCUACGGUCAGCACAGCCCUGAUCAGACGACUGCCGGCCCCAGACAGCUUCCGCCUCCCUACCAGCCUCUGAACCGCAGCACGACCAUGAGCAUGGAGACCCCUCAAUUACCAAGUUUGCCUCCAUUAGGUCGUCCAGAUGCUGAACGCCGCUGGCAGACCGAGCCCCGUGAACUGCCUCAUGCGACUCAUCAUUUCCAACCCCGUGAGCCACGUCCUACAGAGCCUUCCCGCAACAAUGCUUUGUCACCCGAGUCGCGCGACAUGAUUGAAGAGACUGAAUUCACGCGUGCCGGCGUACAAGUCGAGCUCAAGAAGAGGAAACGGCAAUUUGCCAACCGCACUAAGACUGGUUGUGGAACCUGCAGAAGGAGAAAGAAGAAGUGCGAUGAGGCCAAACCAGAGUGCAAUAAUUGCACACGAGGCGGUUUCGUUUGUGAGGGCUAUGCCAACAAAGUACCUUGGCCAAAGAAUGGGCCUGCUAAACCGCCUGCCAUACUAGCCAAGGAGAAGCAACAGUACCGAGCGCAAGCCUUGGAAGUCAUCCUGGAGUGA